AUGGAGGCGGAGGGAGGAGCACACCGAGCGCAAGUACUGAGCACGUCGCCAGCGAAAGGAGGCGAGGAAGGAGCGCGGCCGCAGCAAACUAGGAAGAGAAGGUCGUGGACGCCGGAGGAGGACGCUGUGCUGGUGGCGGACGUCCGGGUUCACGGCGUGGGAAAAUGGGUUGCGGUGCCGAAGCGCACCGGGCUGGCGCGCACGGGCCAGAGCUGCCGGUUUCGGUGGCUUAACAGCCUCCACCCCGGCCUCAAGGACAGCGUCGCCUUCUCACGCGACGAGGAGCUCCACCUCUGCCGCCUCCAUGCGGCGCUCGGCAACAAGUGGUCUCGUAUCGCCGCCGAGAUGGAGGGCAGAUCGGAGAGCGAAGUCAUGCACUACUGGUUUUCCUACGUCAAUCGUUGCCAGCAGGCCGGCCUCAACGUCUACCCUCCGGAGGUGCAACAGGCCGCCGCCGGACAAUUUGGCCUCCACCGACCAGAACUCAAAAGGCACAAGAGUCAGACUUCUUCUUUACCGCAACAGCCUCCGCCGCCGUUGUAUCUGCUUCCCGUCGUCUAUCCCAAUUAUCCCGUCGUCGUCCCCACUCAUCCGCCGCAACCACUCGGUGUCGUUUAUCCUGUGACGAUGGCAACCGUUCCUCCUCUUCCUCCUCCUCCUCUUAUCCCGGUCAUGGCAGAGUUCGAGGCGUUGCCCGACAGCCAGUUUUGGCCGUUGUUCCUGUCAUUGUUGAAUCAGGAUGUUGAACAGGGGAGGCAGCCGCAUCCACCGACGCUACUGUUGGGAAACACAACGGAAUUUAACGAGAAUGACCAGCCCUUGGCGUCGUCGCUCUGCAUUGUUGAAUCAGAAUGUUGA